UGUGUAUGUAUCAAAGAGAUUCCUCAUCUUCUUUGUAGGUUUCUUUAUAAAGACGAGAAACAAGGCAUCUUCUUAGGUCUCUCUUUCUCUCUCUCUCUCUGUGUGAGAAGAAUUUGAUGCAUAUGUUGAUGAUUAAAGAUAUCUGGGGUUGAAUCUUUUGUGGGUAUUAAUAUUAUAUGAGGGUUUAAAGAUGAGAAAUUUAGCAACUUGUUACAGUGAACAUGCAAUCAAGGUUUCAGAUUCAUAUUGUUCUGGCAAUUCGAACCAGAUUUAUCUCUCUCCGACCUUCAUUCCUACCAUCCAAGAUGAAGUCUCGAGCCUCUAUAAAGUCAAACUCUCCACACAAAACCAUCUCUUCAUCACACUCACCUGGUCAACUCACACCAUUGACUUUGCCUUUUCAAUCUCCAUUAACGAAUACCCUUCUAAUUCCUCCAAAUCUUUUCAGUUCCGAAAGAUCAAAGGCUCCAAAAAGCUCGAACCUUUUGACUCGAAGAUCGAACUCAUUUGGGAUCUCACCAAAGCCUCCUACGAAGUCGGACCUGAACCGGUCAAAGGCUACUUUCUGGCUGUUUUGGUCAACUCUGAGAUGAUUCUAAUUGGUCACGAUUUCGAAGAAUUGGAGUUAAAAAAGCUUGUCUUGGAUUACCCUUUUGCCAAAUCUUCAUUGGUAUCUCGUAUCGAGAGAUUUUCAGGUGCGGAGUAUUCGAGCCGGGCCAAGUUCUUCGACACCGGGAUUUGGCACGACAUAAGGAUCACGUGCGUUGCUGAUGACCGGAAAAUCAAGAAUUCUUUGAGUUUGUCGGUUUUUAUCGAUAAGAAGAAUGUGAUUCAAGUGAAGAGAUUACGAUGGAAUUUUCGUGGGAAUCAAACCGUGUUUUUGGACGGAAUGCUGGUCGAUUUGAUGUGGGACGUUCACGAUUGGUUCUUCGAUUCAAACUCGAGCACGAAAUCGAGAUCAAGGGCUGGGAUCUUCUUGUUUAGACCAAGGAGUGGAUUGGAUAGCAGAUUGUGGCUGGAAGAGAAGAACUUGGGCGAAGAAGAACAGGAAAAAGUGGGGUCUUCAUUGUUGAUUUGUGCUUGUAAGACUCCAGACUAAGCUUUUCAUCUUGGGUUAAUUAACAUUUACCGUCUGAAUAUUUGAUGAUAGUCGUUAAAUAUACACGUUUUUAUGUCCAUUCA